GGAACCUAUCCCAGCUGUCUUCGGGCAGUAGGCGGGGGACACCCUGAAUCGGUUGCCAGCCAAUCGCAGGGCACACAGAGACAAACAACCAUCCACGCUCACACUCACACCUAGGGACAAUUUAGAGUGUUCAAUCAGCCUGCCACGCAUAUUUUUGGAAUGUGGGAGGAAACCGGAGCACCCGGAGAAAACCCACGCAGGCCCGGGGAGAACAUGCAAACUCCACACAGGGAGGCCGGAGCUGGAAUCGAACCCGGUACCUCUGCACUGUGAAGCCGACGUGAUAACCACUGGACUACCGGGCCGCACAAGUGCGUCCAUGUCCCAAAAUGUAUGGAUCUGACCAUAUGCUGUCUAAUUAUGUCUUUGUUCGGAAGUAGAUGCGAGGCAAAAUCCGUAUUUUUUCAUUUUUGUUUUUCCACCUCUGUUUACAUAAGUGGUGAAGCCUGGCUGCUGGCUAAGCUCAUGGUAGCAAGUCUCAAACAAAGGCUCCGUGUCUUGUUAUCUGUUGUGUCCCCUUGAACUGCUCCAUCCUCCCUGCUUUGCCUGUCACAUCCUCCACUCCCACUCACUCGCCCCAUCCUGCCCUCUGCCUUCCUUUAUAACCCCUCUUUUGUCUUAGGGCCCCAAUCAUCCACACCUCCUCCUGCACCUUUUCAUUUGGCUUCCCAAACUGUAGUCAUGAGAUGUUUUAUUAUUUGCAAUUCGCAGCUUUUAAUAGAGAGAAAAUUUAGGCUAAGCCCCGGGUCGUCCAUCAGGUUGUUACCAUGGGAGGCCGAGUGGGCUUGGAGAGGAAGAUAGCCCAGAAACGACGCGUGCACGCACACCCCCCCACACACACAUAUACACGCACACACACACACACACACACACACACACACACGCACACACACACACACACACACACACACACACACACACACACACACACUUACAAAUUGAGUAGCUAGGUGACAAGAGGCCAACAUCUUUGUGGAAUUAUGAACACCUCUAUAACUAAUAAUCAAUGAAAAAUAUUCACGCAUACACAUUUGAACACUAAACUACAUGACCUACUGCCCAUACGUCUGUUCAAAUAAUCUUACUUUUGCGCUAGAGCUGCCACAAAUGCUAAUUUAAAUCAUAAUUUUGAUUAUGGAUUGCUUUUUAGAUAGAGCCUGAGUUUUUGCGGUUAAUGGGAACCAGAAUGAAGAAAGAUGAAAAACCGCAAUGUUGGAAAUAUGUCGAUCAUUCUUUUCCAAAGUAAAAGUGGCUUGCAAAUGUCUGAAAUAUUUAAACCUAAAUUUGAAGACCCCUCAAAUUUGCCCAUACAAGCUUAUUGGUUGAUAUUUUAAAUGGAACCUUGUCAGCCAAUCAGAGAAGGACUAGCAGACGAAAUGAAAGGGUUGAAAGGAUAUGUUGAGAAAUAAUGAAGUUAUACUGUUUCACUCUAAUUUCAAGGCAACUUUGGAUCAGGUUUUCUGUAACUGAACUCACAAAAACAUUCCCGCAAAAUAAGAAUCCCUUCAUCCGAUUCCAAACUCUUGGUUUGUUGUACUCGGCUUGGCGUGGCAAUUCCUCCCAGAGUGAGAAUUUUGACAGACUGCCAUUUUGAGUGAACAUGACAAGAGACAAGACGGGACAAUGUGCAAACAGAGCUCAAUCCGGUGACGUAUAUGCAAUCGCUGUCACUGACUGGUGUUGUGGGGUCACCCGCGGGCUUGGGGAGCCAAACAGAAACUGUCACUUUGGGAUGAUCCUAGUCGGUCUUUACUACGACUGGAUUUCAAGGUGAUCCCCAGGGCUUAACACCUCGCGCGGCUGGAGGUGAGAAGACGAGAUGGCGACCGGUAUGGUGAUGUCAUAAGACAGGCACAAGACCGGAGGCUAAUUCCAUCACAGACCGUGAACCUCCACAGUUUGAGGGGUGACCGUCCGAGGCGUCUGUGAAGGUUGUUGGCCUGACUUUUCCGGUGCGGGUAGGAAUGGAAGGGAACGAGGGUGGAUGAAGGAAGUAGCAUUAAGUCUCUCUAAGCCUCCUGGAUCCUCUUUGGUGCCUCUCCACAUGACACGACGAUCCCUCUCUCCUCCACCUUGGCUCCUUGGAGGGCGGCCAGCCGGCGCGCAGACGGACGGACUGAAAGACGGAGGGAAAGAGAGGUGGAGGUGGAAAAUACAGCAUGCUGAAAGCUGAUGGGACGGGAUUUUGGAAAAGAGGCUUUUGUUCAGCUACCCAGAUGAACAACAGGAAGGAGGACAUGGAGAUCUCCUCUCACUACCGUCAGCUCCUCCGAGAGCUCAACGAGCAGCGGCAGCACGGUAUCCUCUGUGACGCCUGUGUCAUUGUGGAUGGAAAGAUCUUCAAGGCCCACAAGAACGUCCUCCUGGGCUCCUCCCGCUACUUCAAGACUCUUUACUGCCAGGUUAAAAAAGGUUCAGAGCCUCACCUUCAAACUACAGUCACUCACCUGGACAUUGUGACGGCGACGGGCUUCAAAGCCAUCCUCGACUUUAUGUACUCCGCUCACCUCGCCCUAACAAGCAAAAACGUCAUUGAGGUCAUGUCGGCGGCCAGCUACCUGCAAAUGACAGACAUUGUCCAAGCAUGCCACAGCUUCAUCAAGGCCGCCCUCGACAUCAGCAUCCGCUCCGAAAUGGCCGACGAACUGGCCGACUUUGAAAUGGGAGCCGUCGUCACAGCCGGCAUCGGAAGUGGCGGUGGAGGCGGUGGAGGCGGCGGAGGCGGAGUUGGCAUACUGGGAGCAGGGGGAGUAACCAGAGUGGGCUUAGGAGGAGGUGGGAUAGUCGGAAUGGCCUCCGAAGCCCUCGCCUCCAUCAUGUCUGGUCGCAGCACUUCCCCCUGGCUGGCACGCCGUACCAGCCCCGCCAACUCCUCUGGGGACUCUGCCAUCGCCAGCUGCCACGAGGGAGGUAGCACUUAUGGCAAGGAGGACCAAGAACCCCCCAAGAGCCACGAGAGCCAGGAAGAAACUUGUCAUGACUCCCAGCCUGCUUGGCCGCAUGACUACAGGCCUGUUAGCGUCAAAGAGGAGCAGGUGUCCCCUGCCUCUUCCUCGCAUCCCCGGGACACCCCCAUGGAGGCGGCCCAGAGCCAACGGCAUCAGGCGCUAGGCGGCCCAAAUGCAGGGGGAGAUGGAUCCUGGCAGCCUAUAUCAGGAUCGGGACGGAGGAAGAACAGGAAGAACAAGGACACAGUCAGACAUAUAACCCAGCAGGCUGAGAGGAACUGGGAAGGAGACCGGGAAAGGGAGAGGAACAGGGACAGCAGGCCUGCAUCUCCUCUUCCAUCCAUGCUCGCUGUGGCUGGCUGGAACUACAAUGGACAGGAUCUCCCAGACGCAGACGUGAACGAGCCCAACAGCUCCGACAGCCGCGGCGAACGCCUGGACUUCUUUCUCAAGCAGGAAGAGGCUCUCGCAGUGGAGUCUGGCUUCCUGGGUACCAACGAAUCGGAGGAGGCGGCAGGUGGAGGCAGCGCCGGAGGCGGAGGCAGAGGCGGCGGUGGGAUAAUCUCUUCUGUGGCCAACCUGAAGGCGGCGCUGAUGAGUAAGAACAGCCUGCUGUCACUGCGGGCUGAGCUGAUGGGAGAUGAUAACCCCUUGCUCUAUGAGUACCUUCCCAAAGGAGGACACUCCUUGACGUGGCUCCGCUCCAACAACUACUGCAGCACGCUCCGGCCAGGGGCCACUAUUCAAAACAAACAGGGGUCUGGCUCCUCUCCUCCUCCUCCUCUUCCUCCUACUCUUCCUCCUCAUCUUCUACCAACACCCCCACCGUUACCACCAUCAUCAUCAUCAUCAUCAUCAACAUCAACAUCAUCGUCAUACCGCCCCUCCACUCCGCCCACUCCCCCGGUCCCCGCUGAGCCUCGGUCCCUGGAGGCCUCCGGUUUGCGGGCGGGGGCACCUCGGCGACAAUCAGACACCUUGGACAUGGAAGUGGAAGAGGCCCCUGAGGACCUGGCGUCCUCCACCCUGCCUGAGAGCAGCAGCACGGGAUGCAUGAAUCAUUUCAUACAGAUCUCCCUUCAAAACAAAGACGGUGAAAAGGACAAAGAUGAGCUGAAGGAAUACAACACAGGCUCGGAAGGUGACGCGUCACCUCCUGAAGGGGAUCAGAUGGCCAAUUCGACUUGUGCCGGUUCUCUGACGGCGCCGACGUCAGUGUUCAUCGCUUCCAGCCAGGUCGAGGGUCUGGCGGCGAUGGCCAAAGAGAGCAAAUCAGGGGUCCUGCCAGAGACCGGUGCCUGGACCUCGCAGGGGUUUGCUUGCUCCCUGUGCAAGCGGCUGUUCGGCAGUCUGGAGUUUCUGAGGGAGCAUGAGUACCGCCACACCUUGUCUCUCGUGGAUAUGUCCCUGGACUGGCCAAGCGUGCCCGGUCCGUUCAGCCGGUCUUGCCAGUCCCAGUUUCUCCCAUACCCCCAAUCUCUGUAUCGCCCCGCCGUGGCCGAGCCCACGCCGGCGCGCUACCUAUGUUCGCGGUGUCCGGCGAGCUUCACCCUCAAGUCCAACGCGGACCGCCAUGAGAAGACCAUCCAUUUUAAGAAAAAGCUCAUGCAGUGCGUGUACUGUCUGAAGCAUUUCAGGGACCGCACAGACCUGCACAGGCACUUGUCCUCGGUGCACUCCAAAGAAAGGGGCCACGUCUGCCCGGCGUGUGCAAAGUCUUUUAGCACCCAGAAAAACCUGGCCACCCACAUUAAAGUAUGCUGCCAGGUGGGGUCUGUGCCAGGAGCUGUGCUAGGUAGUAGCACGAGCACAUCUCAGGAUGGUGAUCGAGUCCCCCUGUGGAGGUAUUCCGAAGAGUUGAACGUCGAAAUUAGUAACCGUAGCAUUUUGGAUGUAGAGAACUGAGAGAAUCUCAAUGAUGCAGAGUUCUAUUCAAAGCCAGCAGUUGUUCAUCUCACAUGUGCACUCACGCCACUCAUGUGAUGAGAAGGCUUCCUGACAUGUAAUCUUUUAUUUCGAUUUUGAUAGAAGUGAAUUUAAUUUAUACCCUCAGAAUAUUGAAGACGAUCUUAAAAAUGUCUAUGCAAAGCUGGUCUUAUUACCGUUGAAUGAAUUUAUGUAUGAAGUACUUGAAGUCCUUACAGACAAUCACAUGUUGUGAUGCCUGCCAGUAACUUUCCAUUUCCUUCCAAACAUUAUCUUCCUAUCCUCCUCUCAAUUAGGGAGAAAGCACAACUCGAAAUAAUCCCAAUCUGCCAGGCCGUGCUGUCUCAACACCCUAAGCAACACCAUCACCUGCAGGACAUUAGUUGCACUGCACCAGUUGCUCUUCUCCCGCAGAAGCAUUUGAAUCUCAAAGAUGCUUUGAACAAAAGUGCCGCGUCCACCUCCAGGUGCAGGAUUAGCAGAAGCUUGUCCUUUGUCACCAUAAUAACCUGAGGUCUUCUCUGUCGUGCGGUUUAAAUGGAAAGCUGCAAGCCAAAACAAUGGGCCAGUGGCAGUCAGCUGGGGGGUUGGGUAGUGUCCUUUUCUCUCCAUCCCGCAUCUUGAGGUCUUUGCCUUUGAGAGUGGCCAGAGAUGGCCCGUAAUUGGUCCUUUGUGGCUACAGCCCUCCUUAACCCUUGACCCCUAAUCAAAAGAGGAAGUGGCGACAGAGGGGCAGGUGCCCUUUAGACACGAUGAAUUCAGUGAUGUCACUGGUGCGGGAAGAUACUGGUGAGCUCAGGACUCAAUGAAAGGAACCGGAGUAAUACAACAACUAGCUGCAGGAGAUCGUACUUGUUUGGAUUCACACUCAUUUCCGCCAAAGAUUUAGAGCGAGCAUAAAGCGGGCCCAGAUCAUGAUAUUGGCUGCACCUUGUUUGACAGUGAGGACGGUAUGUUCAGGGCGAUGUGCAGUGUUGUUUUACACCAAACGUAAUGUUUUGCAUCUUGGCUCCAAAAAAAAUCCAUUUUGGUUUCAUCAGACACGAGCAAAUUCUCCCACCGUUUUUUUUUUUUUUUGCUGUGUCUCUCAGGUGGCUUGUCAAACUUCAAAACAAGACUUUACAUGUUGUCUUCUUGCCACUCUUUCAGAAAGACUAAAUUUGCGUCGGGUGCGACUAAUAGUUGUCCCAAAUCUUUUUUCUGUGGUUAAAAAGUUAUUUAAAAAACAUAUUAUUUAAGUGAAAAACGACUACCGCAUGUGUGUUAUUUAAUUUGAACAUCUCUUUAAUUCAAUUUUUUUUUUGUCCUUAAUUCAAAUAGCUUUCAUCACCCCCUUGUAAAUUACGUAAUCUUGCGGCCGCACACAUUCAGCCAAUCACAGAUAUCACCAGCAGGCAGACGUGUUGUUUGAACAAACACGAAAAUAGCGCCAUUUUUUAUUAUUUUUUUUAUUUUUGAUAAGACACACGAAACGUUUGCUAAACGAUGAUACGAGAUAUCCUGUGAUCAUGACGAACGUUUGUUGAUCUACGAUCGCGUUGCAAUGACUUAUAGAGUCAAUGCAAUUUGCGAGGCCGGGGCGAAUCGAUACAGCUCCGGUCCGAGCCACAAACGACUAAGAAUGUGUGACUGCGGCACAUAGACGGCAGCUAAAAAGGGGGCAAACGACGUAGGACCAAAUAAUCAUUGCGGACUUGUACAAUUCAUCCAGCUUCCGAUAGGAGCCAAAAAGUUGCAGAACUUGACGUAGUUCCUAAGACUUGUUUAGCAGCUGAAAAAGCUCAAGAUAGCAAGAGUUUGAGCAAAAGCCCCGACCACCUGAAUGACUCGAGAUGUUCAUGCAUGUUUUUUUUCAUUAAUGGAAGAAAAGGAGAUUCUAUUCAUUCUAUUUUUUGAAUAAUAAUAAUUAUUAUUUUUUUCAAAAACAUUUACGCUAUGAUGGCAGUUGUCUGUAGACUAGAAUAAAUAGAUCACUCCAUCUUCUUAUCGAAUCGGUGAUCGAGUAUCGGGGUUUUGUCUUCUUUUUUUUUUAAACCUUCCGAUCGCUGAUCGCAUAAAGCCGAAAUAGGCCAAGAGACUCUCACAUUUCUCUCCUUUUGUUUCAUUUCAUUGUAUUAUUAGCACUGGUGUGACAUCCAGGUUCAUCAAGUAAAAACGUUGCCACAUUUUGGCUUUCGACACGGCUGGUUCGACUCAUUCAGCAAAUAAACGAUCUCCUCAGAGUCGAAGCACCUGCGGCUGAAGCCGAACUGUGGCAGAGUUUUUACUUUCUGAAUCUAGAUUUUACACCCCUGAUUAUGGCAAUACAGCUAUGCUAUCCAGGGUCAUCUACUUCUUCUUUGACCGUUGCGAUAUAGUGUUUGUGAUUCAGUAAAUACUGUAUUUUUUUUUUUUUUUGCACGAUCAUCCAGUUCAGACGUGUUCGUCCGUGUAGCUCUGUGUGUGGCGAACCUUGAGCUCUAUCUAAUAUUGUGCACCUGCAGUGGCAGUAGACAUGCGUCUGAGUUUCCCUUGAACUCUGUCUUAGUAAUUGCGCUUCCAUGUGCCCAAUAGAAGCAGAGCAGGAACUGAUAGCCUUUUUGAUACCAGCUCCCCACAUGCCAAAUCCCUUCAGACACAAAAAUCCAAUUCUCAGGUAAUAACACGCGCUGGCUGUCCUGGACAGCAGCUGCAACAGCUGGAAGGAUCUCAUCAGGAUCACUUCAUUAGUUCUUCUUUUGCAUAAGGUAUACAGUAUGUUGCUGUGUGUAUUCUGAUCUUGUCUCUUUUGAGAAGGUGCUGUAUGACAACAUGUAUUUUCCUUAAAAAAAAAAAAAGAAUUGAAAACAUGUUGCAAUGAAAGUUUAAUAAAACGUGGAAACGUA